AUGGGGGUGGCCGGCGCCGGCGGCGGGCGGCUGCGUGCCAGCAGCGCCAAGAAGCAGCAGCGGCAGCGGACGCUGAACAACAUCAAGAUCACGCUCCUGUGCGGCUUCAUCACGGUGCUGGUCCUCCGCGGCACCGCCGGCUUCAACCUCCUGGUCAGCAGCGGCGACCUCGACGGCGCGGCGGCGGACGCCAAGGUCGUCGAGGACGUGGAGCGCAUCCUGGCCGAGAUCCGCUCCGACUCCGAGGCGGACGACGUCGUGUUCGUGGUCGAGGACGGCUCGUCAUCGACGCCGUCGCCGCGCAACGCAACGGCGGCGAGCUUCGGCAACUUCUCGGCGUCGGCGACGGUGGUGAAGGUGCGGGAGUACAGCCUGGGUCCCAAGGUGACGGACUGGGACGCGCAGCGGCGGGAGUGGACGUCCCGGCACCCGGAGUUCCCUGCCCUCGACCCGCGGAGCGGGGGACGGCCGCGUGUCCUUCUCGUCACCGGGUCGCCUCCGGGCCCCUGCGACAACCCCGUCGGCGACCACUACCUGCUCAAGGCGACGAAGAACAAGAUCGACUACUGCCGGCUCCACGGCAUCGACGUGGUGCACAACAUGGCGCACCUGGACCCGGAGCUGACGGGGUACUGGUCCAAGCUGCCGCUGGUGCGGCGCCUCAUGCUGGCGCACCCGGAGGUGGAGUGGAUCUGGUGGGUGGACAGCGACGCCAUCUUCACGGACAUGGCGUUCGAGCUCCCGCUGUCCCGCUACGACGGCGCCAACCUCGUCAUCCACGGGUACCCGGACCUGCUGUUCGAGAAGCGGUCGUGGAUCGCGCUCAACGCGGGGAUCUUCCUGCUCCGCAACUGCCAGUGGUCGCUGGACCUGCUGGACGCCUGGGUGCCCAUGGGUCCCCGGGGCCCGUCACGCGUCGAGGCCGGGAAGCUGCUCACGGCCAGCCUGACCGGGCGGCCGCCGUUCGACGCCGACGACCAGUCGGCGCUCAUCCACCUGCUGUUGGUGCAGAAGGAGCGGUGGAUGGACAAGGUGCACGUGGAGACGGAGUUCUACCUCCAUGGAUUCUGGACGGGGCUCGUGGACAGGUACGAGCAGAUGAUGGAGAACCACCACCCGGGCCUCGGCGACGACCGCUGGCCCUUCAUCACCCACUUCGUCGGAUGCAAGACCUGCGGCCGGUACGAGGACUACCCGCUGGACCGAUGCAUCCGGGGCAUGGAGCGCGCCUUCAACUUCGCCGACAACCAGGUGCUCAGGCUCUACGGAUUCCAGCACCGCUCGCUCACCACCGCCAAGGUCAGGAGGGUCAACGACCCGGCCACCAACCCGCUCCAGGCAAAGGAGGCGGCGCUGAAGAUGGACGCCAAGUUCUCGAGCACCUAG